AUGGAUCCCUUUCGAGUUCGUCUCAAUUGCCUCGACUACUACCAGGCCAGUCCCAUUGAUGAGUUCGAUCCUCCGCUUCCUCUGGGGAGCACACACGACAAUGCCAAAGAAAGGCCAAGGAUCUCCGUUAUUCGCGUGUUUGGCGCAACCGAGACUGGCCAGAAGGUGCUGAUGCACGUUCAUGGGGCUCUUCAAUACACAUAUAUUGAGUACAGUGGCAGCCUGGUUCCACAAGAUGUCGAGGCCGCAAUCCGAACCCUACAACUGUCAAUAGACCAUGCGCUGGCCGUGAGUUAUCGCAAGAAUCUAUAUGAAGGCAAACACCGUUAUGUUGCACAUAUUUCGCUUGUUAAGGGCGUGCCCUUCUAUGGAUUUCAUGUUGGCUACAGGUUUUAUCUCAAGAUCUAUCUGCUCAAUCCGUUGCAUAUGACCAGAUUAGCCGAUCUUCUCCGGGAAGGUGCCGUGAUGAAGCGAGUCCUGCAACCAUACGAAAGCCAUAUGCAGUAUCUUGCCCAGUGGAUGUGCGACUACAAUCUAUAUGGGUGUGGCUACAUUGAAUGUGCAAAGGUCAAGUUUCGGGGACCUGUACCUCAGUAUCUCGACCUGACUAAUAUCAUGCAUCAAUGGCAUGACAGAUCAAUCUCCCCGGAAGACAUCUCAGAUGAGAUAUCACUUCCCAAACAGAGUCACUGCGCCCUGGAGGUAGAUAUCCAUGUCAAAGAUAUUACAAAUCGCAGAGGUAUUGAGCCUCGGUACAUUCACCACGAUUUCAUUGAGCGCGUUAAUCCACUUCCCAUUGAAGCCAAAUUGGUACAGAGCAUGGCAGGCUUGUGGAAGGACGAAACCCGAAGAAGGAAAAAUAAGAUGGGAUUGAGAGAUCCCAAUAGCACCCCAUUUCCCGCCGAAGUUCUAAUAUCAAUGUCUGCUGAUCCCAGGAAUACAUCUGAUGGUGGUUGGAUUCAUGAAGAAGAGUUCCGCCAAAAGGUUACCCAGCUCGCCAAGGCGGAGUUUGAGCAGAGUGACAAGCUUGAGCUCAAGUUUGAGACCUAUGUCAAACCGAUAUCACUUGAGGCUACUGUCGUGACAGCCCUGGAAAGUGUGGAAGAUCUCUAUCCAGGAAAUUUGGUGACCGUGCAGCCUGGCGGUGCAGACUACAGUACAGAAAUCGUAGCCCAUAUUGCCGAAAGCGAAAGUCUAGCAGUUGUUGACGUAUCACGCAUGGAAGACAUCACCAAUGGCUUCGAUCGAAGCUCGGAAGAAAGCCAACCUUCAAAUGCGCCUGCUGCUAUCGGUUCUGGCGAGUCCGAAAGCAAUUUCGAGCAAAAGGGUCGAGAUGGAGAAGUUACAACCCCAAUCAGCUCGUCAGAAUAUGCAGAUUACGGUAUUCGACUUGCCGGUGAUUCCAUCCAUUUCGCGGAGGAUACUUUUGAUAUCCCCAAUGAAUAUGUCCAGCACACAAUCACAGACACGAAUGGGUCGAAACGGACACGACUUUCCAAGAUACUCGAUUUCAAGCCCAGGAAAAAGCGUAAGCAGCUGGUCGAUGAGGACGACCUCUUACCGGAAAUGACCUUCUCUGGGUCCGAAGAUGAUCUAGACUUCGCCAAUGACGCCGACGAUCCGCUUCGAGCUGCAGAACCGUCAAAAUUUGAAGCGCAUCUUACGCAAGGAAAUAGUGUUGCAACAAAGAUUCGACAGAAUGAUGAUAAGCCAAUUAAGCAUAAAGAACAGGCAGAUGAAAGCGCUCUUCCACCUGCUUCAUCACAACAGUCCUCGCUUCCUUUUCCAUCGGUCAAAAACUCCAAUGACCCCAAUACAAUCUUACGUCUUAGUCAGAGAAGCACAGCCUCUCAGAAGCUCUCACAAUCUUCCCUUGACAAGAUGGAAACAUCGCCCCCCACAACUUCAGCGCAAAGCCCAAUCUCGAUCUCACAACGGACUCCUCUCCCAUCUGCGACAGAGAGAAGUCGGACUUCAGCCUUGCCAAAGGAACUUCUGCCCAAAGGUUUCAAGGGCACCACGCCUCAUCCUUCAUUAUAUACCUAUCAGACCCGACCACCAAGCUUUAAGCAUGUUGAAACAACCAUGUGGAAGGAAGGUUUGCCAGAUGUUAUUUACCAAGAAGCUUAUUAUAGCAAUGAAGAAGACGUUCCCGAACUCGCCCGAGAAUAUGCCGGGCGAGAAUUCAAACUCGAGAGUGUUACUGUGCCAUAUUUGCCAGAUUUCGACUCAUCGGGAUCCUCUUUAGCAACAUUUGGCAGAAAGUCAACGAUACUCAUUGACCAAAGUACUGAACAGACGAGAGACAACCAAAGGAGGAAGCGGUGUACCAUGUCUGAAUGGAGCAUUGCCCAACCACCUCCGCGAAAGAUUGAUGUGGAAGCCUGGCUUGAACAGGAACGAAGCCGUAGCAGGCUUCCGGACUCUGGUCCAGUCAGGACAACUACACAAACGAAAAGACUUUCUCAGAUUGAUGGACCAACCCAGAAAAACAAGCAUAGUUUCAAGUAUUCUCAGAAACAAUCUAGCACCAGUGUACAGCAUGAAACCCAAUAUAUGAGUGUGAUGGCCCUAGAAGUUCAUGUGAACACACGAGGGUCUCUUGCUCCCAACCCAGAUGAAGACGCUAUUGCUUGCAUCUUCUGGUCCCUUCAUACUGAUGAAGAAGAUUUUGAAGGCAAUGGUGGCAAAGAGGAUCUACACAUGGGGAUUCUGGCCGUGGCGGAGGAACCGCAUACAGCUAAACGUAUAGGUCGAAACGUUCACUUUGAUGUUGAAGAAGAACCAACCGAGCUUGAUGUCCUUACGAGAUUGGUAGAUAUUGUUCGCCAUUAUGACCCUGAUAUCCUCACUGGCUAUGAAGUGCACAACAACUCCUGGGGCUUCCUCAUCGAACGCGCACGAACCAAAUACGAUCUCAACCUCUGCGAUGAAAUUUCGAGAAUGAAAUCUCAAUCUCAUGGCAGGUUCGGGAAGGAUGAUGAUAAAUGGGGAUUCAACCACACAUCCACAAUCCGGGUGACGGGCCGACACACGAUCAACAUCUGGCGUGCCAUGCGUGGAGAGCUUAAUUUGCUCCAGUAUACCAUGGAGAAUGUGGUCUAUCAUCUCCUUCAUCAGCGGAUACCGCAUUACGCGUUUCGUGAUCUAACGAGAUGGUACAAGAGCAAGAAUCCUCGUGAUUUAGCGAAGGUCAUCGAAUACUACCACACUCGAGUGCAGCUCGAUCUCGAGAUUCUCGAGGCCAAUGAGCUUGUUCCGAGGACUAGUGAACAAGCGCGUUUGUUGGGUGUGGAUUGGUUCUCUGUGAUUUCCCGAGGGUCACAGUUCAAGGUGGAAUCGCUGAUGUUUAGAAUCGCCAAACCAGAAAAUUUCAUUCUCGUGUCUCCUAGUCGAAGGCAAGUUGGCGGUCAAAAUGCCCUGGAAUGUUUGCCCCUGGUCAUGGAGCCCCAAAGUGACUUUUACACAAGUCCGUUGUUGGUCCUCGACUUUCAGUCCCUCUAUCCUAGCUGCAUGAUUGCUUACAAUUACUGUUAUUCGACUUUCUUGGGUCGAGUUGUCAACUGGCGGGGGACGAACAAGAUGGGAUUUACAAACUACCGUCGGGAACAAAGACUAAUUGAACUCUUGAAAGACUACAUCAACAUCGCUCCGAAUGGUAUUAUGUACGCGAAGACCGAAAUCAGAAAGUCUCUACUUGCGAAAAUGCUCUGCGAAAUUCUGGAGACAAGAGUUAUGGUUAAGAGUGGGAUGAAAGUCGACAAGGAAGACAAAGUGUUGCAGAGGCUUCUAAAUAACAGGCAACUUGCCCUCAAACUCAUUGCAAACGUCACAUAUGGCUACACAUCUGCUUCUUUCUCGGGGAGAAUGCCAUGCUCCGAAAUUGCGGACAGCAUUGUUCAGACAGGGAGGGAAACUUUGGAGAAGGCAAUCGCGCUCAUUCACUCUGUAGAAAAAUGGGGUGCUGAAGUUGUGUAUGGAGAUACAGACAGCCUGUUCGUUUAUCUGAAGGGCCGUACACGAGAGCAAGCCUUCGACAUUGGAGAAGACAUUGCGGCCACCAUUACCAAGAUGAACCCUCGACCCAUCAAGCUGAAAUUCGAGAAGGUUUAUCAUCCUUGUGUUCUUCUUGCGAAGAAACGUUAUGUUGGCUUCAAGUACGAGAGUCGCAAUCAAACAGUGCCUGACUUCGAUGCGAAGGGAAUUGAAACAGUCCGUCGCGAUGGAACUCCGGCGGAACAAAAGAUCGAGGAGACAGCACUCAAGAUCCUCUUCCGUACAUCCAACUUGAGCCAGGUCAAAAGCUUUUUCCAGGACCAAUGCGCCAAAAUUAUGCAAGGCCGGGUGUCUAUCCAGGAUUUCUGUUUUGCACGAGAGGUCAAACUAGGGACUUACAGUGAUAAGGGCCCUCCUCCUCCUGGUGCACUCAUCAGUGCUCGAAGAAUGCUAGAAGAUCCACGGCUCGAACCACAAUACGGCGAACGGGUACCUUAUGUGGUGGUGACGGGUGGGCCUGGGGCUCGGCUUAUUGACCGUUGCGUGGCACCGGAAGUAUUACUCAACGAUGCUCAGUCUGAACUCGAUGCCGAGUACUACAUCUCGAAGAACUUGAUCCCUCCCUUGGAACGAAUUUUCAAUCUUGUUGGAGCGAAUGUUCGGCAAUGGUACGACGAGAUGCCCAAGUAUCAGCGCAUUCGAAGGAUUGAGGCAGGAGCUGCCACAGACGGGACGGGAACUGGUCUAUCCAAGAAGACCUUGGAAUCGUAUAUGAAAUCAUCGACCUGCCUGGUGUGUCGCGAGGCGUUGGACACGGAGUCUCCACUUUGCCAUAGCUGUCUUCAGCAGGCGCCUCGCAGCAUUGUGGAACUGAGGUCAAGACUGAUAAAGGCUGAACGCAAAGCGGCCCAGAUGGCAAAGAUGUGUCGAUCAUGUUCUGGCCUAGGAUGGAACGAGGAAAUUCGGUGCGACAGCAAGGAUUGUCCUGUAUUUUAUUCUCGCACUCGACAGAGAGCCGCUGUUGCGAAUGAGCAGGCUUAUGUAUUGCCUGUGCUGAGGAGUUUAGAACAGCAAGAGGCUGAGGAUUUGGCGUGGUAA